AUGAAUCCGGAUUAUCAGUUGUAUAUUCAUAAUGAUGCAAAGCUUGAAACAUUUUGGUUGGACUAUAAUGCAUUAUUUACACCACGUAUGGCUGAUUUUAUCACAUGGCGAUAUCAUGAUAUAUCGAUAGAACUAAUUGAUUUGAGAAGAAUGAAAUUUUUUAAUCUCCCAUUAUCUUACAAUGAUGGACGUUACUGUGUGAUUCAUAAUAAAGAAGGCUUACUGGAAGGAGUUCAGUGUAAUAGUGUUAAUAAUGCUAUUUGUGUUGAAGCAAAUAUACAACAUAUCAAUCAACUGUUAGGCAUUAAUUCAUCAAUUUUAUUGAAGAAAUUCACCAUUGAACAACGUGUUGAUCCAAAAUUUGUUUCAAUGUCUAGUCAAACAGAUGGCUGUUAUGAACUAUUUACAAUACAUAGUACUUACGAUUGUGUUUUACAAUGUACUGAAACUGUAUAUUGUAUAUCAGGCUACUUUAAUCAAUUUCAAAAGAGAUGUAUUAUCAUUUUAUACCAUCAUAGUUUAUUACCUCAUCAAUAUUCGGAUUCUAUAGCUCAUUGGUUAAGAUUUUCACUUAAUUAUUAA